AUGCCAAUUUAAUAUACAUAGGAGGAAUUGCUCACAUUUUAAUAUUACUUUACUAUGUGUGAUGAGACAGUAAUUAUUUAUAAUCAUCAAUUUUGAAGGGUUAAGGAAAACUUGAUAAAGAUAAGGUGAUCAAUUUUUUUAAGGCAAGUGGUUUGAAUUAGUAAAAUUUAGGGGUAAUAUACUAUUACAAUAUAUAGGAUAUUUGGUAAAUAACAUCAUCUAAUGAAUAGACAUUUACAAAAGAUGAAUUUUUUGCUGCUCUUAAAUUGAUUGCAUUAGCCUAAAAUGGUUAUAAGCCAAAUGAGAAUUUACUUUCCAUGAACAUUCUUUCCCCAUUACCUUUACUCUAAGGAUUCUAAUCACUAAAUUAUGAUAUCUCAAAUGAAUAGUUGCAGAAAUAUGAAAAUUAUUUUCAGACUCUAGAUUAGGAUGGCACUUAAAUUAUAUAGGGAAUAUAAGCAAGAGCUUUAUUUUCUAAAUCAGGAUUAAAUUUAGAAUAACUAAAGGAAUUAUGGAAUCUUUGUGAUAUAGGUGAAAAAGGAUAUCUCAAUAAAGGAGAAUUUAUUGUUGCCUUACAUUUAGUUUUAUUAUGUUCUAGAUAAAAAUACCCUUUACCAAUCACCUUAACUGAUUCAUUGCUAUAAAUUAUUGGAAGAUUCUCCAGUAAUCCUAAUGGAAACCUAUUAGCUACAAAUUCAAAUAUUAUUCCACAAUAAAGAUUUGGUUCUAAUUCAAAUUUACUUAACUAACCAAGACCAAGAUUAGGUUCUAAUGCAAAUAUUGGAAUAUAACCUAUUUAAAAUACUUUAUAAGUACAAACUGUUAUUUAACCUUUAAACAUUCCAACAAAUGUGAAUAUGAUUCCAGGAUAUGAUUAAAAUGGCAUUAAUUCUGCACGUUAGCAAGUCAAUGAUUCUACAUAAUAAGUUUAUUUAAUGUAGAAUUAAUUGAAUUAACUAUAGUAAAGUAUUUUGCUUGAAAAACAAGAGGAUAUUAAAUAAAUGUAACUCUUAAAUGAUAAGUAUAAACAUUAUUGAUUUGUAGUUUGAAACUUAUAUUGUCAAAUUUGUAAGAGCAAUAUAAAGCUAUAAAUGAAGAAUUAAAUAGAAUAAGAUCAUAGAAAUAGGGUAUAACUUAGUAAAAUUAAUAAAUGCAAUAAUAAAUUGGAACAUAAGUAUAAUAAAAUAAAGAUUAUUUUGCUCUGUUCUAAUAAGAAUAAUAACAAUAUUAAUAAUAAUAAUAUUUAUAACCUCCAAAUUAGUUUUCAGCAUUGACAUAAAAUUAAUAAUAAUAAUUAAACUAGCCACCAAAUGAUUAAUAAUUAGGAUUUUCAAACAUGAUUGUAAAAUUAUAUGUUACAAUAGAAUUAUGGUACUUCUAGUCCUUAACCUUAAACAAACUAGAUUAAGAUACAACCUUAAAUACCGAUAUCUUUUUUUGGUGAAGAUGAAGUUUAAAAGUAACCUGGUAUAUUAAAAAAUCAAGCAGGUUCUUAAAUAUUAAUAAAAUUAGAAUCAUAAAAAAAAUAAGUAAAAUUUGCGGGUGAAUCAUUGCCAUGGUGAUUGCAG